UUUUACCACCUGAGCGACCGGACGGGGCUCAGGAAUGGCGCCAAUGCGCCGCCAUUUUCAUGAAACUUUACCGUGACCGUAAAUCGCGGAGACUGUGACGAGGAAGAAUCCCAGCGAACGUCGUGUGGCUGUCGGCGGAUCGUCGCGAUAAAAUCGCUAGAAAGGCGAAAAAUAAUGCGCUGGUCAGCACGCUUGUACGAAGGGGACUGAGCUGGAUAUUCCAGGAUGCAAUCUGGGCAGGAAAGCAUAUGUGACAACGAUAUCGAGGGUCUGGACGCAGAUACUCUCAUACCAGUGGAGCUCUUGGCUUGCGAUGUUUCUCCUCAUUCGAGGCCGCAAGAUGCCUCGACUAUGGUGGAACUUGGAAAACAGCUUCUACAUAGCGCAAAGAAUGGUGACACUGAGGCCGUUCGUGAGCUCAUGUGUAGGGGUGCACCAUUUACCACGGACUGGCUUGGUACAAGUGCGCUCCAUCUCGCAGCACAGAAUAAUCACCUAGAGACUGCUGAAGUUUUACUUAGAGCAGGAAUAUCUAGGGACGCUAGGACAAAAGUGGAUAGAACUCCAUUACAUAUGGCAGCGUAUGAAGGCCAUCAUCAUAUGGUACAAUUACUGCUUAAUUGUGGAGCGGAUGUUAAUAGCAGAGACAUGCUAAAGAUGACUCCAUUACAUUGGGCAGUAGAACAUGAACAUGUAGAUGUAAUGAACAUUUUAUUAGAUCAUGGUGCCGAUACAACUGUAAUUAGUAAAUUCGACAAAACGCCAAUCAGUCUUGCAGUGGAGCGCAAUAGGUUAGACUUGGUCAAUAUGCUGCAGCAGGAAAGAGUGUUAAUAGGUGUUCAAGCUCACCAACAGAGUCAAGCUAAUUCUGCAGAAUUAGAAAUAGCCACGAAUAAUUUAGUACAAUUAGAGGCUGAGAAUAAAAGUUCGAUAAUACAGGAGGAGGAGCAGCAGAAGUUUGCAAUAACUCAGCAAUCUCAGCGCAAACGUAAACUUUCUCAAGCGCAAAUAGAGAAGAAACAAAAAAUGAUAUUUCAACAAAUUUCUGUAUCACCAAACAAUACAGAUGGUGAACAUGAAAAAGAAGUUGAAGAUGCUGCAAUGAUUAAUGCAAAUAAUAUUAUAAACACUAAGAAACAUAAAGACCUUAUAUCAAUAGGCAAACAGAUUAGGUUAUUAGAAGCACAUGGAAUCAGGAUGAUACCUAUAGAUGAUGACUCUUCUAUUGUAGAAAAGGCAAUGGAAAGUGGGAGAACGGUCGUUUUAACAGAAGCUGGAAAAAUUGCUCUAAAUUUGACAAAAGGUUCGUCGAUUAAACGCCUCCAAGUUGCUUCGCGAAAAGGAACAUCAAGAAAGGUUAUAGCAAUUAGAACAGAUCAAAUUCAAUCAAAAGUCUUAAAUCCAAAUAAUUCUAAUAUGUCUACCACUACGUUACGGAGUCCGAAUAUUUUGAGAAAGUCUCCUGUGGACAACAAAGCAGCAAAGCUAUUAAUUACACCAGUUACUAACACAGCAGCGUCUACUAUCACCGAAAUCAAGAAUUCCAUUUCGACAAAAGAAAAAGUUACGAAUUCUCCGAGAAAAGUUGCGGAAUCAAUGGCUUUACGUUUAGAUGAUGAUAUAGAAGAAAUUACUGAAGAGGAUAAUGUAGAAAUUAGUGAGCCAGUUACAGAUAUAGCAGUACUAAAUAGACAAUUAGCGGAAGCGCGAAGACAAGCCGCUGAGUAUCGUAAGCAAUUGCAAGAAAAAGAAAAGGAAGCGGAAAUAUAUAAACAACAACUCAAAAACAUCACAGCGCAAAUAGCGUCUAAGACCAACAAUAAAACAGGAGAUACAAGACACGGCAGUGUCUCGCGCCAAGUGAACGUUCGUUAUAAUGUUACUUGAGAAGUAAUGCGUCUUAUCGUUGCUUUUAUCGUUAUUUUAUAAACGUUUGAUACGUGAUAAAGAGAUUAACCAAGAUUAAAAUUAAUUUACAUUAGUGGAUAUGGUUACAAACAUAGACAUUAUUAAGAUAGACCACUUAUAAGGUAGUGAAGAGUGUAUGCCACAAAGAAAAGAAUGAAGAAUGAAUAUUCUAUAUCUUUUUCUGAUACAAACUAGUGGGGAACUCUAGCGGGGACGCGGUCACUAAUAUUUAACAUUUGGUGCGCAAAUCAUGUCCAUUAGAAAAAGCAAAAGCCUGUAAUUUUCAUCUUGCUAUCGUUUUCCCACAAGAAGAUAUCCACCUCCAUCUAGGAUUUUGAUCCUCAUAAGUCAGCAAUCUGUCUUAAUAUACCCAUGGUUACAAGUGUCUCACUCUAUAUCAGAUUUACUUAACUGUCCAAAUAAAUGUUUAUAUUUUUUCUAAACUUUCAAUUCAUUUUAAUUAUUAUAAAUCAUUGAUCUAAAUAAUUAAAAAAUCAUUAAAGCGAUUGAUUUAUAAAAAAUGUACGACUUUAUUUAAGAAAAAAUAAGAUCUUGAUAUCUUUAUAUUAUCUUUAUAUUAUUGAGCUAUAAUUCAAUUCAAUACAUAUCUUAUUUGUACAAGAUAUAAAUAUUCUCGAGAAUUGUAAAGUAAACAUAAGUCUUACUUUCUCUGUAUAAUAAAUGUACAUAUGAAUUAAUUUUUUGCAUGAAAAUAAUGAUAAUUAUAGAUAAUUGUUAUUUUAUUUUCAUUAUGCAUAAUAUCAUUUAAAUGUUAAGCAGUCUAAUAUUUGACUUUUUUGACAUAUUAGUCAUUUUUUUUGUGCAGCAUCAAUUAUUAAAUAAUGUCAUGAUAGAAAAGAUGCGCCGAGCAUAGCACAAAGAUUAUAGUGUUGUUGGAGUUUACAAGCAAGUCAGAAUUUUAUACAUAUUGUAUCCCCAUAUCUUUACUAUAAUGCUUCUACAUAAUUUAUAAGUUGUUAUGGAUUGUCAGACAUCGAGAUGAAAAAUAUAAAAUGUCUUUGAAGUUGUUGAAUCAAACUGAAGUCUAUGUAUAAUAAAUUUUCUAGAAUUGAAUAUUGAAAUUGUAUAUUGUAUCGGACAACAAUGAAUUCGCCUACGCCUGUAAAUAGAAUGCAUAAUGUGGGAAGCAAAUCAGUUCGGCGGUAAACAGUGUAAUUUAAAAUGUGCUUAACAUAAUUUUGCAUAGUAUUUACUCAAUUGCGUAUAAGAUCGCUUCGCCUUAGAUUAAUAUAAAGCGUUUGCAUUCCAAGUAUUUUCUCAAUAGCUGCCUGGUAGCUAUGAUUAUCGACGAAAGUGUGCGAACAAGAAUAAAAAUAUUAAGUGUAAUCUAUCAUGUUUAGUCGAUGCUAGAAUAUUUGACCAAUUUAAUCUAAAAAUGUUAUUGAACGAGAUGUGAAACAGUGAGUGUACAACAUAAAAAGAUAUGACACAGAAAGUGGUUCACCUCAGGUACAAAAAAAAAAGAAUAUUGCAUUGUAUAAAGUUGUGGAAUGCAACGGUCUAUACCUAGAAUAUAAUUUUUCUAGCAUAAGACUUUUCUAGCAAUGUAUAUUGUAAAUAUAAAUUUAUACAUAGUUGAAAUAUGGAUUCCUCAAACAGUUUA